UAGCAGCAGCAAGCAGGGGAAACCAGCAAACAAAACAUUUCGCCGAUCUCAGUCCUCACCGGAGAAUCACAACGGCGCCUUCAAUCUCUUUCCGGCGAACUUCAACACCGGAAAACUGCAAAACAGCCUCUCACAAGAAAUAUUGAAGUAUAUGCUCAUUUUAUGAUCAGAUGGACAGAAUGAGUAGACUUUAUGAGGGGUGGAAUGAAAUUUUAAAGAUUCAGAAGUUCCGGAGGGCGGUUGGAAAAACCAUUUUCUUUUCUUUUUCGGCGCUCAUUAGCUACGCAUACAACUCCAAUACGACACGAGCAGGGUACUCAAGAGGUGAUCAGUUUUAUGCAUCUUAUCCCGCAGGCAGUGAGCUUUUGACUGAUACUACUAAGUUGUAUAAAUCUGCACUUGGGAAUUGCUUUGAAGUGGAAGAUUGGGGGCCGAUCGAAUGGUCCAUAAUGGCAAAGCAUUUCGAGCGUCAAGGGAAAUCACCAUACGCAUAUCAUGCGCAAUACCAGGCUCACCUCUCAUCUAAUGGAAAUCUUGAUGGAAGUGGGUAGCGAAACAAUACAAAUUCAUAAUCUAACAUGAUUAGGAGUUAACAAUCGCAAUUUGAUACCACUAUUUAAAAGUCCAGAAGUUUAUAAGCAGCCACUGGUGUUAUCUGAUGAUCUAGGCGAAUGGGUUCAUUGCUUUUGUCUGAUCUUUUUUUGAAGUUAUGUAUGGUUUGUCUAUUUAAAUUAUUUCCCUUGAAUGGGAAUGGUCUGAUAAAACCUGAGCUAUGGAGUAUUUAGAUAUCUUCAUUAGUCGUUAUUGUAAUGUAGUUGUCUGGAUACCUAUUCUUAAAUAUAUCACUUCACUUCAAGGUGAGAGUUAAAUGUUGAAAAGUGUAUUUUCCCUUUUGGAUGUAGCAAUUGUUGGCUCUUUGUUCA